GUGAAAUGAAAACUGAAUAUCGACAGAGGCUCGUGAAGUCGCGAGUCCGGGAACUGGUUGAUGCCAAAUUCCAAACGUAGCCUCCUUAAGAGCAACAAAUGUAUGCCUAAAAAAGCGGAGCCCAGCUCAGCCCUAACCGCAGGAAAAGUAACUGUAGUGGAGAUAUUUUCGGAGUUUCACCUGCAAUCUGUUAAAUAUAUGUGCCACACUAGCAGCAUAAAACCCCCUCUGCGAACAAAUUUCUUUUCUUCCUAAAACCCUUAAAACCCUAGAAACCCUUCUCUUUCGGAGCUUUUAACGGACAUGGCUUGCUUCAACAAAGUUGGAACCAUGUUAAGGCAGAGCAUAUCUGCCUCUAGUGCAAUGACUGGGCAAUCCUCGCUGUUAAAUGCUAUCCGCUGCAUGUCCACUAAGCUUUACAUUGGAGGGCUUUCUUAUGGAACUGAUGACCAGUCUCUCAAAGAUGCUUUUUCUAGCUUUGGCGAAGUUGACUUUGCAAGAGUUGUCACCGACAGAGAAUCUGGAAGAUCGAGAGGAUUUGGUUUUGUGAAUUUCACUAGUGAAGAGGCUGCUAACUCAGCUAUGUCAGCAAUGGAUGGACAGGAAUUGAAUGGGAGGAACAUCCGUGUGAGCCAGGCCCAGGAGAGACCUCCUCGCAAUAACUAUGGCGGAGGUGGUGGUGGUGGUUAUGGCGGAGGCGGUGGUGGUUAUGGAGGCAAUAGCUAUGGCAGUGGUGGUGGCGGUGGUUAUGGAGGAGGAGGCGGGUAUGGAAACAGAAACGACAGUUACUAGUCUACAUAUUUUUGGCACUACUAGCUUAAACAUUGUAGGAAAUGAAGUUGCAGACUUGCACUGUUGUUCCUCAAGAGUGCUCUUGCUUUGGUUUUUCUGUUUUAUUCCGGCGACUUGUAAUAAUUGGUGGAUGAUUCUUAGUUGCUUUGCUUCAAUCAAAAUCUCAAUUUUCCUCGAGCCUAAAA